GCCGAUAGGAGGGGGCGAUAAGGGCCCUGACGCGCCUCCUUUGAGCGCAUGGGCGCCGGCGGCAGCUCGUCCGCACCGAGCGGCUUUGGCGUCCUCGACGACGACGACGACGAGUGCGUUGCCUCCUCGGUCCAGCUCUCGCUCAACUGCCCUCUGACGCGGCUGCGGAUCGGCACGCCCGUGCGCGCGGCCGGCUGCUCGCACGUGGAGUGCUUCGACCUCGACGCGUGGCUGCAGUGCCAGCGCGCCGCCAAGCUGCCCAACUGGCUCUGCCCCAUCUGCAGCUCGCCCGCCUCGCCGCCCGAGCUGCGCGUCUGCUCGUGGAUGCAGUCGGUGCUCGCGGGGACCGCCGAGACGACACGCGAGGUGAUCAUCCAACCCGACGGCUCGCACGCCGCGCCUGAGCCGUCGUCGGCCGGAGGCUCGGAGAGGCGAAAGCGGCAGCGCGCGGCCUCGGUCAGCCUGGACGAGCCAGCGUCGCAGGCGCCGCAGGCGUCGCAGGCGUCGCGCGCGGGCGACGACGAGGAGAACCCGAUCGAACUCGGCGACAGCGACGACGACUAGCUAGGCGCGGCGGGACCGGAAGAAGCAUGGGAGACGGUCGACGUGGGCGGUGCGGCGGCACCGGCUGCCCAGUCCUCUCCCCCCCGUUCCUGGGCUCCCUGUCAGAGUCGUACUUCAAGACUCCGAUCAACGCCGAUCCCCGUUUCCUUUUUUUCACGUUCCUGUAUGAAACACGUUCGCGAAGUUG